AUGCCAUCAAAUUCGGAGAGUCAAGCCUUGCGAGUCCGAGCGUCGAAAGCAUGCAGAAGCGGCAAUGUAGAUUGUGCCCUCAUCAGCUCACGCCGCGGCCAAUAUCCACGCAAGCGAGCGAGCACAGUAUCCGAGAGCACGAAUCCGCCUGCACCUCCUCAGGAUGCUGUACCUCUUCUUUCCGUCUCAUCAGGAUCCGCGACGACCAGUCUGCCACCAGAUCGUGUUUCCGGAAGUGUAGACGAUAUUCCUUCAUCACAUGACCCGCACGACAAGCCGCCGACAGCAACUCCGAAUGACCAACAACCUCAACAAGAGAAUGUCACCCCUUAUAGGGACGUGUCUUGGGCAACAGUGUUCAACCACUUCAUGGAUACUCGCCAGAACCAUCGCCGGGACGUGAUAGAUAAGUGCUCAAUCACAUAUCUCGGGGAAUCUUUUCCGCUAGCACUGGUACUUGAGGACCUUAGGGAAGGCGGUAGAACUCGUUUGCACCACUCUGGUCCUCCUGUCGGUACUACUGCCAUCUCGCCAGCCGAUCAUGACCAAGGCACUCACCCUCCACAUAUCCAACUCGAAACAGUCAAGUAUCUGGAGGCCAAGCACGUUUUCGAGCUCCCUUGUCGAAGUGUAUACGAUGAGCUGAUCAUCACAUUCCUAAGCAACGUCUUUCCUCUCUAUCCAGUAGUAGGCUACCAGGAAUUCUAUGACCAGUACAUGUCUAAUAACCUGCCUUGGAUAUUGAUACACGCCUGUUGUUUCAUGGCCACCACUUUCUGCUCGGAUGAGCUCAUACAUAAGUGUGGCUUUGGCUCGAGGAAGGCAGCUCGGCUGGCCUAUUACAGCAAGGCGAAAGCUUUGGUUGAUGUCGAGUACGAAAGGAACAAGAUUGUCCUUCUACAAGUCACAAUUAUGUUGACUUUUUGGGGCGGAGGACCGAAUGACUACUGGAACACGGUGAGCUCAUCCUCCGCUGGAAAUCGCGGUGGUUUCCUCGUUCUGACACUUCCGAAGUGGUCAUGGCUUAGUAGUGCCGUGACCAUUGCAGAGACCCUAGGAAUCCACCGCUCUCUGACUGGCACGAACAUGGCACAAAGAGACCGGAGUUUACUGAAACGCUUGUGGUGGACAUUGGUGAUACGUGACGCUUCAUGUGCCACCCUGGUCGGGCGUCCCUUCCGCAUCAAUAUGGACCAUGGUGAUGCAGAAAUGCCGGCGAUCGUAGACUUCGAAGAUGACAUGCGCAGCCUCCAACGAAUGGCACAUCCACUAGCGGAUAUAUUCGCUCAUUAUCAAAUUGCGGUUACAAGUUUGUCACUGCUUCUCUACGACAUUGAUUACGCUCGCUUCAUACCUGGUCCGAAGAAGAUGAGCAUGUUCGAUGUGUAUAACGCCUUACAGACCUGGCGAAGCGACGUACCCAGCUGUCUGGAAUGGACCGCGCAUCAGAACAUCCUGUGUACAUGCCUGUCAAUGUUGUACGACCACCACAUGAUGCUCGCCUGCCUCGGGCGAUCAGGCUCGGAGGUGGCAGCCUCUCGACUGAACGGAUCUGACGUAGGCGAGGGAAGUUCUAUCGCUGCCGCUUGGCCUUUCUCAACCGAUCUGGCUGCUCAGCGCAUAUCGACUCACGCAUCGUCCAUCAUCACGAAAUCCCAAGCGUUACGAAUCCCGCACGAGACAUACCAAGCGGUCUUCCUUGCCGGCAUAGUCUCAUACGUAUCAAUGCGGAAUCCGAAUAUAGCCGCUGCGCAGCUCGGCCGAGUCAUCCUGGACAACUGCAAUAUGGUGUUGCACACUGUGCGGGAAGCAUGGGAUGCUUCUCCCUGGGUCACUGCCUUGUUCGACGGAUUGACGGCUGGCUUGAGUAAUGAUCCAGGCCCUCAGCACUUGGGACACGGAGUCUACGUUACCGGGCAGAAUCCAGCCUUCAGCUUUGACGACAUUGGAGCAUCGCUCUCUGGCUAUGGUAUGGGCGUCUCUUGGCAAUCAAAUCCAAUGUUGAGCGCUCUAUUCGACAAUAGUUGA